AUGAACAAGCCUCCGCUGCCAUGGGUUCCUGCUGCCACUAAGCCGCUGCACCAUGCCUUCCCUGCCAUGACUGAACACCCUCUGAAACCUUUGGCUAUAGAAGAAAAAUCUAAGAAGGACCCUCCCCACCCCAAAAUGAAUCAAGACAAGGGGUUGGACAAGAACCGCGUUCAAGCCAGAACCCCUGAGGAGUCAGCCAUGAUACCAAACAACCAAGGGAGAGCAAGUGACAGUGACACCUAUGAACAUCCAUUACAGGUUCUAUCCCAAAAAGAGGCUCUGAUUCCAGGGUUCUUGGAUACAGCCCGGGCCAAAGGGAAGGCCAUUGUUCCCAUGGCCAGCAGCACACUGCAUGUGGUCACAGAGGAGUCUGAGAUCCUACAGCAGGUUAGUGACAGCCCCAUUUUCUCAGAAAAUACCACCCACCCUAAACAUAGGUAUAGCCCCAAGUCCUCAGCAAAAACCACUCAGGUGAAACAGGGUAAAACCUCAAAGCCCUCAGCCAAAGCUUCUAAUCUAAAACAGAAAAAGAUUUUUAAGACCAAGGCCAGAAACAUGUCCAAAUCCUUGGCAAAAACCACCCAUCCCAAACAGGGGACCACCCACAAGCCUACAGAAAACAGCAGCCAUCACAAGAAGACCAGCAUGCCCAAGUCAUCAGAGAACACCAUCCAAUCCAAAGAGGGUGACAUCUCCAAGUCCUCAGAAGACACCGUGCUGCCCAAUGAGAGUAACGUCCCCAAGCUCUCACAGGUCACCAUCCUAUUCAAGGGGAAUGAUAUCCCCAAGUCCUCACAGGACACCAACCUGUCCAAAGAUGGUAAAAUCUACAAGCCCUUAAAGACCAGCAUCUGGUCCAAGGAGAGUAACAUCCCCAAGUCCUCACAGGACACCAUCCAGUCCAAAGAUGUUAAAAUCCACCAGCCCUUACAUGACAACAGCUCAUCCAAGGAGAGUGACAUCCCCAAGUCUUCACAGGAUACCAUCCAGUCCAAAGAUGUUAAAAUACACAUGCCUUUAAAUGACAGUAUCUGGUCCAAGGAGAUCAACACUCCCAGGUCCUCACAGGACACCAACCUGCCCAAAGAUGUUAAAAUCCACCAGCCCUUUCAAGACAACAGCUCAUCCAAGGAGAGUGACAUCCCCAAGUCUUCACAGGAUACCAUCCAGUCCAAAGAUGUUAAAAUCCACAUGCCUUUAAAAGACAGUGUCCUAUUCAAGGCGACUGACACACCCAGGUCCUCACUGGACAGCAUCCUGUCCAAAGAUGUUACAAUCCACAAGCCCUUAAAAGACAGCGUCCUAUGCAAGGCGACUGACUCACCCAGGUCCUCACUGGACAGCAUCCAACCCAAGGAUUACAAGUCCUCAAAAUACACUACCCAGUCCAAUACGAGAGAAGUCACCAAGCCCCCAGAAGCCACCAAGUCCCAGGGAGGUCACAUCAUCAAGUCCUCCAAAGACACAAAGGAGAGCCAAAUCUCACACCACUUGGAAGAGCAAGUGGAGCUUCCAGAGGAAGACAUGGUGAGAGUGAUCAUAGACAAGGAGGAAUUUGAGGAGGUGCUCAGAGAGGCCGGGGAGAAGCUGGUGGCUGUGGACUUCUCAGCCUCGUGGUGUGGGCCUUGCAAAACCAUCAAGCCACACUUCCACUCUUUGUCUUUGAAACACGAGGACGUGCUGUUCCUGGAAGUGGACGCCGAUGACUGCGAGCAACUGGUGCAAGACUGCGAUGUCUUUAGCCUCCCCACUUUCCAGUUUUAUAAAAAAGAGGAAAAGGUGGGUGAGUUUUCUGGUGCCCUUCUGGAAAAACUGGAAGCUAGCAUUGAAGAAUUAAAAUAAUCAUAUAUUCUGAGAACAUCACACAUGUUAAUAGCUGCUUUCUUUUUGAUUUAAAAAAAAAAAGGAUCAAAUAAGACAAAUGUGUUCUCCUAAAUGGCUCUGCUUGUAGAGCAGAAACAUGAAAGCCCACUUUUUAUCUGAAAGAAUCAAAACAAGGAGUGGCCGUGUUUUUUCUUGGCAAACGGGGUGAACUUAGAAAUUCCUUGAGUGAAAUCAGAAAGGUCUGCUAUCUUAUUUUUCUUUCUUUUUUUUUUUUUAAAUUCACAUUUGAAAGUCUUGCUCUUUGGGUAUUUGCAGCAACAUUGGAAAUGCAGGCAUUCAUUCUGUAGGGUUACAUACCUGAAGGGGGUAGGAAGUUCUCCUCCACAUGUCUUUAGGGUUUUGAUAAGAAACUCUGGAAACAAAGGGUUGGAAUGUGUCACAUGACUUUGCUAUUUUCUUGUACUAGGAUUGCUACAGAGUCCACACACCAAGGCUGUUUCUAGUUUGUAGGGAUCAUUUUACUAAUCUUUGAUCACGAAAGCUGAGACAGAACUCUAAACCAGGCUUCUCAGAGGCUUAAGUCUGAACAAUCUUUGACACCAUUAUGACAUCACGGCUUUGGUGGAAAAGACUUGCAUUGUCUCCAGUAACUGGAUUUCUGAUUCCUGUUCUCUGGUGUCUUAAAAGACCAAAGAUCCAGGUCUGGACUGGGAGGUCUUGUCAUGUUUUAAGCCACCUGUGGAGGCUUAGUUGAUACACAGAGCUAGCCCUACCUAGCAAGACAACCAGAUGGGUUUAGCCAGCUUCACUCACGUGCGAUGCCAUAACUUCCAGGAGUUAUUGUGUACCUUUGCUCUAAUUAUUAUUGGUGUUGCUUUGACAAGAACAUCUGAUGGGAGACCUAACUUCAAUGAAUUCUAAGUGCCAAUGCCUCAUUAUUAGUUUGAGGCACUAGAUGGUAUAGCCGAGUUCUAGAACUUAACCCAUACAAAUGAGUCUUUGUGUCUUUGAACAACUCUCAUUUCCCCUGUGCCAC